CAACUCCACCACCAAAUAAGAUUGGACAAAGAGGGCGAAUUCACCAUGAAGGGAAUCGGAAAGUUUGUCAAACGGGCUCCCCAAAUGAUGGGAAGCAAAGUUGGUCUUUCGCAAAAAUCAAAUGAUGCCGUAUUCGAUGACCUCAAUAGGCGAUUUGGAAUCAUUGAAAAGUAUUCAGAAAAGCUGCAAAAAGAUUCAUCAUCAUUUCGAGAUGCUGUCAAAGCGAUGUUAUUGAGCGGAUCGGGAUUUUGUGAACAUUAUGGAACCUUGUUCAGGCCGAUGGGCAAUGAGAUUGAUAUCGAACGUGCACAUCCUGAAGCAACAAAUACGAUUGUCAAUGCCAGCUAUUUUCAGCAGGCUUUGGAUGAAUUACGUGAACUUUUAACGCCUGAAGUUGAAUUGAUCGAAUCAAGAAUUUUACAGCCAGUUCAAGAAUUCAUUUCUAUUUGCAAAACGGUUCGCAAAAAUAUCACAAAGAGAGAUCACAAAUUGGUUGAUUACGAUCGUCACAAUAAUGCAUACACCAAAUUGCGCGACAAGAAGGAAAAGACUCUCAAAGAUGAACAAAAUCUGUUCAAGGUUGAACAAGAUUACGAAACGGCUGCUGCAGAUUACGAGCAUUAUAACAAUUUGAUGAAGGAAGAAUUGCCAAGAUUUUUCGAAAUGGCGACCCGAUUCAUGACACCCUUGUUUCAUUCGUUCUACUACAUGCAACUAAAUGUGUACUAUUUAACUUUGGACAAGUUACAAAACUUUGCCAAUGGUAAGUACGACAUCUCGGCAGAAAGUGUUGCUCGUUUAGAACAAGAUUACGUUUCACAAUUAAACGAUGCUUCUGAACGAUUAGAGGCAUUGACUAUUCGAAAACCAGCAAUGCCAUCAGCAAGGUUAUUGCAACAAGCACGAUCAAGUUCCGGCGCAGGAUCUGGAAGCCCAACAUCUACUUUGGGAUCAAAGGCAAGCUUAGGAAGAUCUGCAUCAACCACAUCCGCUGCGCCGCCGCCAUCGUACAGUGCAGGCGGAGCAUCUACCGCUGCUGCUGCUGCCACCACCAAACGAGCACCACCGCCAAUUCCCGGAAAGCCUGGCGUUGCCGCUAAGCCGGCAAUUCAAUACGUUGUUGCUCUUUAUGAUUAUGCAGCACAAGCAGAAGGGGAUCUCACUUUUAAUGCAGGAGAUCGUAUCGAAGUUGUGGAAAAGACCGCAAGCACUGAAGAUUGGUGGACAGGAAGGUUGAAUGGCGUACAAGGCGUUUUCCCAGGAAAUUAUGUACGAGAUGAGUGAUCAUCAGUCUUUCUUACUUACGAUUGGGUAAUCAUUAAGAUUUGUCGUGAUCUGUUCCUCUUCCUCUCUCUCAUUCGUACGACAAUUGCAGGUGUAGAUU